CCUGCCCACGGGGCACGGGAGCCGGUGACGGGAGCGAGGCGGAGUCUGGAGGGAAGAUACCGAGAGAUAGAGAUUUAAAUCACAUCCCCGGCUGUAGAAGGGCAGCAGCAGCAGCAGCCCCGGUGCAGAGGCACGGACGCACGCGCCGAGACAGGUCUGCCGGCUCCGCCGCUGCUGCUGCUGCUGCUCACCAUGGGUGCCGCCGCCGAACCCCCCCGCGCCAUGGGCCUGGUGUCCAGCGUGGUGAACGACACCCUCGAGUUCUACCGCUGGACCUGGAGCAUCCGAGACAAACGUGUUGAUGAUUGGCCUUUGAUGCAGUCUCCAUUUCCAACACUGACUAUAAGCACUAUUUAUCUCCUCACUGUCUGGCUGGGCCCCAAAUGGAUGAAGACAAGAGAGCCCUUCCAGUUACGUUUCCUGUUGGUUGGUUACAACUUUGGAAUGGUUCUACUCAACUUCUUCAUUUUCAAAGAGCUUUUUUUGUCAUCAAGAGCUCGAGGGUACAGCUAUGUCUGCCAGACUGUGGAUUAUUCAGAUAAUGUUUAUGAAGUUAGGAUAGCUGCUGCUUUAUGGUGGUAUUAUGUCUCUAAAGGAAUUGAAUAUUUGGAUACAGUAUUCUUCAUCCUGAGGAAGAAAUUUAACCAAAUUAGUUUCCUUCAUGUCUAUCACCAUUUCACCAUGUUCACCUUGUGGUGGAUUGGUAUUAAGUGGGUUGCAGGUGGACAAGCUUUUUUCGGAGCUCAGAUGAAUGCAUUUAUUCAUGUCAUUAUGUACAUGUAUUAUGGAUUAGCUGCCUGUGGCCCUAAAUUUCAGAAAUACCUGUGGUGGAAACGAUACUUGACCAUAUUGCAAUUGGUGCAGUUCCAUGUGACUAUUGGCCACACAGCCUUGUCUAUUUAUAUUGAUUGUCCUUUCCCUAAAUGGAUGCACUGGAGUGUAAUUUUCUAUGCUGUCACCUUCAUUUUCCUGUUUGGUAACUUCUACUAUCGGACAUAUAAGCUGCCCAAGGAACCCCUAAAGAAUGGCAAAAUAGCAAAUGGUGCUGUUGCAAAUGGAGUAAGCAAACCAGAAAAUUAUGCAGUGGUGGAAAAUGGAAAAAAGCAGAAAAAGGGAAAAGCAAAAGGAGAGUAACUUGAUCCAGGCCUUAACCAUUGUUGGCAGUGAGGAACCUCCAGUUUGGUUUGUAAAAGGAAGAAAAAAACACUAUCUGUACCAAUUAACCUUAGGUUACUGAAGAGCUAGAACACAGAUAUUUUCAUUAUUUAUGAAGAUUGUUUUAAGAACAACACUAAAGUUGAAUUUCUAUUGUAAUUAUGUAAUUAUCAUGCAUAUGGUCUCUGUGUAAACUUGUAGACUGCUGGUGAUGGUGAAUGUAAGGAAGAAUUGCAGUUGAUUCCAUGUUUAGCAGUCCAAAAGUUAAUACUACCAUUGAUACAGGCAGUUUUGUUGGCACCCACAUUUCUUUGGGGGAGGGAGGGGAAGGAAGUAGCAUUUGGAUACUUGUGUUUUCUUUCCAGAAAAUUAUUAAAUUUCAAAUUAUGACAUAUUAUCUAAUCAGAAUGAGCAACUUUUCUUGUCCUCCUUGGAGAGUAUCUUCAGACACGUUAUGUUUAUGUGCUGUCAGAACAGUGUUUGACUUUUCAGACAUUACUUGAUUUAAUUGAGUGUCUGUUACAGUUUGUUUGGUUUUUUUUCUUGUGUGGAAAUAUACCUACCUCUUCAUCUGCUGAAAAGAAUAUUGAGCAUUAAAUAACUGGUUUCUGAAAUAUGGAGUCCUCUAAUAUAAAUAUCCGUUAACACUAAUUCAGGAGAAAAUAUGAUUUCCUAUGGGAGUAAAAGGGAUUUUUGGCGGUAUUUUUUGGUCAUCAAUAACCUUUUUCAUUGUAAACUUAAAUUUUGGAGUGGUACUUUUAGUAUAGCUAAGUGAAGAAAACAUUUUAAGAAUGUAUAAAUAUGAAACAAUACAUUGUUUGAAGCAAGCAGUAAAAGUAGGCCUGCUGCUUGUUGUCCGUGACCUGCAUUAAACCUGUGGUGCUGUAUGAUACUGGAAGUGGUAAGAUAAUAUUAUGGUGGAGAGAAAACAACAAUAUGUAAUUCCAUUGAGAAAUGCUGUGUGUAUGGGUAGUCAUGCUAACUAGAAGACAGUCACUUUAUUGGGAGAGAGAAUUCAGUUAUAAAGUACUAAAUACAGCAAACAUCAAAUGUUGAAAAUGCUGCUACUGCUUGAUACCCAUCAAAACCCUAUUUGCUUAGACAUUUGCAGACAAAGUAUUGCAAGUAGUCAGGCCACCAUUUUAAUGUGAAUGUCGGAGAUGGGCUUCUGAAACUAUUCCCAAAAUAUUCUCGGCUCUUUUCAACGUAAUUGACAAAGUGAUUCUGCUAAUCGUUUUUUAGUCAAAACUGCUAAAAUAAGUAGAAGCCUUUUAAAUGGCUUUUCAUCUUACGUGAUACAUUAAUGGACUUCUUACUGCUCCUUUUGUGAAGAAAAUAUGGAAAGAGUUAUUCUCCUUCCAAAUAAUGCGAUUACUAAGAUGUUUUGAGCUGCUCAGCAUGCAAUAAGAUAGGGGUGGAAUUAGAAACCAUAUCCUGAAC